CAAACUCAAAAACCCUUUUUUUUCCUUGUUUUCACUGUCAUUAGGAUUGCAUUUUUGACUUAUCAAGAGAUGUAAAGAUUAAACUUUACUAUCAAAAUGAGCAAAAUACAGAAAACCCAGUUUCUGUUAUCAUCAUCUGCAUUCAUUUCAAUCUUCCUUUUGUUCCUUUGAAGCGAAUUUUAGUGUCUAAUUAGUAAUUGAAUUCAAUGUGGAAUGAGAUAUGGAUAUAGAAUUAUAUUAUUUCUCAUGGUUUCAAGUUGUGGGUUUUGCUAGAUAUAUAAUCUUGUUUCUAAAUUCCCAUUUGGUGAAAUUUAAUUCGUUGCAAUAUGAAAACAUAUUAAUCUGUCAGGUAGGAAACUUUAACAUGAAAAAAACAUAAAUUUUCAAUUUUUAAGGAAGAAGUAGUUUGAGUUGUAACUUGUAAUUCCUCCACCUUGAUUAACUAGAUGUGAAAUUUGAGUUUAGUGUGAAUUUGAACUUUGAAGUUAACGUUUUGGUUAUUUUUAUGAGAAUCGGCCCUGCUGUUAAUGAUGGGUUGGUGAUUAAAAUGCUACUUAAAAAUGUGUAAGUUGGUUGGAUAGUGAAAAAUCACCAGACAAGGUAAAAUGGGAGAUUCCGGGGAUAUAGUGAAGCAAGAGAAGAAAGUGGUAUUUGUAACUGUAGGAAUUACAUUGUUUGAUGAUCUAGUGAGAACAGUGGAUACUAAGGAAGUCAAACAAGAGUUAUUAAGAAAAGGGUAUACCGACCUUGUUAUUCAAAUGGGUCGAGGAUCCUACACUCCUACUAAGUGUGAUGGAGAACAUGGAUCUCUGGCUGUUGAUUACUCCACUUUUUCUCCAAGCAUUGCAGACCAUCUGAGAUCAGCAUCUCCUGUCAUCAGCCAUGCAGGGUCUGGGAGCAUUUAUGAAACUCUGCAGCUUGGUAAACCUCUAAUUGUAGUGGUAAAUGAAGAUUUGAUGGACAAUAAUCAAAGUGAACUUGCAGAAGAACUAGCAGAGAGGAAGCAUUUUUAUUGUGCUCAUCCUCAAACGCUUCAUCAGACAAUAUCUGAUAUGAAUGUGGAGUCCCUCCUUCCGUACCCAUCAGGUGAUGCCACACUGGUUGCCAAGCUUAUGAACACGUUUCUUGGUUUCCCAGAUGAUUGAUGAAACUGUAAAAUCUUGUAAAUGAAGUGGAUAACUGUAGCUAUGCACCCGCCAAUAGAAUCAUUGCCAGGCUAUUGAGUUGCCUGUUUUGGCUAGGCAUAAAGCAUUGUCGAAGGACAUGUCUAGCUUUCCUACAAAAAUGGGAAUCCGGUUGGUUUUGCUUACAAGUUAAUGUACUAAUAUUUACUUUCAUGUCACAUUGUGUAACAGUUUUGUUUAAUGGAAUGGCAAACAUGUGGAAAUUUAUACGGCUA